AUGUCAAGAACAGCGAACAAUGACCGUCAUGUCAAGAACAGUGAACCCAAUGACCGUCAUGUCAAGAACAGGGAACCCAAUGACCGUCAUGUCAAGAACAGCGAACCCAAUGACCGUCAUGUCAAGAACAGCGAACCCAAUGACCGUCAUGUCAAGAACAGGGAACCCAAUGACCGUCAUGUCAAGAACAGCGAACCCAAUGACCGUCAUGUCAAGAACAGCGAACCCAAUGACCGUCAUGUCAAGAACAGUGAACCCAAUGACCGUCAUGUCAAGAACAGGGAACCCAAUGACCGUCAUGUCAAGAACAGCGAACCCAAUGACCGUCAUGUCAAGAACAGCGAACCCAAUGACCGUCAUGUCAAGAACAGGGAACCCAAUGACCGUCAUGUCAAGAACAGCGAACCCAAUGACCGUCAUGUCAAGAACAGCGAACCCAAUGACCGUCAUGUCAAGAACAGUGAACCCAAUGACCGUCAUGUCAAGAACAGCGAACCCAAUGACCGUCAUGUCAAGAACAGGGAACCCAAUGACCGUCAUGUCAAGAACAGCGAACCCAAUGACCGUCAUGUCAAGAACAGUGAACCCAAUGACCGUCAUGUCAAGAACAGCGAACCCAAUGACCAAUUUGAGGCAGGUAUAUCAGUAAAGUGUGGUAACCUGUGCUUUCACCUCAGUGCCUGGUUCGUGAAGCCCAACAGAGUUAAGCUUCGCGUCACACAGUCAAUAAAUAUACACACCAGCAUCGACACCACAGUUCUUCAGGUAACAGUGCGUCUAUGUAUACAAGACCCGUCCUCCUAA